AUGAAGAAAGAGAUCAGCGAUUUACGUUCUGCCAUAGACGAACAAGCUCAAUACACGCGACGCGAUUGUCUCGAAAUUAGAGGAGUCCCUGUGACAACUGGAGAGGAUACAAACGUAAUUGUCGAGAAAAUUGGAGCGCUGAUUGAUGUCGACAUUAAUGAUACAGAUAUUUCGAUCAGUCAUAGGAUUCCUUCUUCUAACGACGGAGCAUCAGGGUCUACAUCAUUUCGACAUCCAGCCAUAGCGGUCAAAUUUACCAAUCGAAAGAAUCGGGACCUUUUUUACAAAGCUCGAUCUAAGUUGAAAAGCUAUAAUACAAGCGAAAUUGGCCUGGGGCGCAACGGUGAGAGCAAUACAUUUAUUCAAGAAAGUCUAACGGAAGCGAAAAGAAAUUUUUUUAAGAGUUGCCUCAAAUUUCGCAAGGAUCAGAAAUAUAAGUUUAUUUGGACAUAUUAUGGAGUGAUUUAUUUGAGACGUAACGAGCACACCCCGACGUCACGUAUCACAUCAGUUAGAGAAUUGGAAAAACUGCAACCAAGACAAUCAACAUCUGAAUCAACCAGUACAACAACUACUGAAGUAUCUUCCCAACCAAGCUAA